ACUCGCACAAUCCGCUCUGACCCCUUCUUCUUCUUCACCCUCUUCUUCUCCUUCACAUUCACCAUUUCCCCAUCACCUCCCACAAACCAACAAUGGGCAAAGUUGGUUCCUUGAGCGACAAUGUCAUCAAGAACAUCAUCCUCUCAUACACCUACGUCUCCAUAUGGAUCUUCCUCAGCUUCACCGUCAUCGUCUACAACAAAUACAUCCUCGACAAGAAACUCUACAAUUGGCCUUUCCCCAUCUCCCUCACGAUGAUCCACAUGUCUUUUUGCGCCUCCCUCGCUUUCCUCCUCAUCAACCUCUUCAAAUGCGUCGAGCCCGUUUCCAUGUCCCGACACCUUUACCUCUCCUCCGUCGUCCCCAUCGGCGCCCUCUAUUCCCUCAGCCUCUGGCUCUCCAAUUCCGCCUACAUCUACCUCUCCGUCUCCUUCAUUCAGAUGCUCAAGGCCUUGAUGCCCGUGGCCGUUUAUUCCAUCGGCGUUCUUUUCAAAAAAGAGAGCUUUAAGACGGACACGAUGAUCAACAUGGUGUCCAUCUCUUUUGGGGUCGCCAUCGCUGCUUAUGGUGAAGCUAGAUUCGAUACAUGUGGUGUUAUGCUUCAGCUCGGUGCGGUUGCCUUCGAGGCCACCAGGUUGGUUAUGAUCCAAAUCUUGCUUACUUCUAAAGGCAUCACCUUGAACCCCAUCACUUCUCUGUAUUAUGUUGCACCGUGCUGCUUGGUUUUCUUGUUGGUGCCUUGGAUUUUCGUUGAGUACCCUGUUUUAAAACGGACGUCGAGUUUCGAAUUCGAUUUCGUUGUAUUCGGAACCAAUUCCUUCUGUGCUUUUGCUCUGAACCUUGCCGUUUUCCUUCUCGUUGGAAAGACUUCUGCUUUGACAAUGAAUGUAGCUGGUGUUGUAAAGGACUGGCUUUUGAUUGCCUUCUCUUGGUCUGUUAUUAAGGACACGGUGACGCCGAUUAACUUGUUCGGUUAUGGUCUUGCUUUUCUUGGUGUUGCUUACUAUAACCAUGCAAAGUUACAGGCUUUGAAGGCCAAAGAAGCAGAGAAGAAACUUGCACAAGCUGAUGUUGAAGCUGACAGGUUGUUGGAGGAAAAGCAAGGUGAGGGGAAUGAUAAGUGAGACUGAAGAGUCCCUUAAUUUAGAACAAAUGGGCAAUUGAUCAGAUGAACAUUAUGGAAAGAGAGGGUUGCUAAUAAGGAUUAUAAAUGGAGAUAAGAGUGGUUUGGAUGAUGAUCAAAAGGGGUUUUUUGUUCUUUUUCUCUUUUGGAU